AUGUCGUUUGAAUAUCUUGGCAAAAAUUACAUCCCUGCAUGUUACGUGAAAUUCCUGGAAUCAUCAGGGGCGCGUGCGGUUCCCAUCUUCAAUAAUCUAACCGAAGUAGAAACUAAGAAAUUAUUUGAAUCUAUCAAUGGUGCUGUUUUCCCCGGAGGAAUAGUAAAUGUGUCAACCUCAGGUUAUGCUAACAUUUCGAGGACUAUAUUAAAACUAGCGAAAAAGACAUUUGACGAAGGAGGAUAUUUUCCAAUAAUCGGUAUGUGUCUUGGUCACCAGAUCCUUGCCACAUUGGUAAAUGGUCCCACAGACAUACGCAUUCGCACAGAUUCACUUAAUAUGAUCGCACCUCUAAACCUUCCGAAAAAUUACCGUGACAGUAAAUUAUUUCGAAGCCUUUCAAAAGAUUUGAUGAAAACAUUUAACAAAACAUUAAUCACCACACAUGCUCAUGAAUUAGGACUGCCUUUGGAAUUAUUCCGAGAGAACAAAACGUUGGACCAGUUUUACAAAGUUAUCACGACAAAUGUUGAUCGGAACGGUGUGGAAUUUGUUUCGACGAUGGAAGCAAAGAAAUAUCCAUUUUAUUCAAUGCAGUGGCAUCCAGAGAAACCUCCAUUUGAAUGGAAUCCCGAGAAAGUCAUUCCACAUUUUUCAGCAUCAACUGAGCUAAGUCAAUACAUUUCAAAUUUCUUUGUCAAUGAAGCGAGGUUUAGCAAGCAUAAAUUUGCGUCUAGAAAGGAAGAAAGAGCUGCAUUAAUUUAUAAUCACAAUCCCACGUACAUUGCAGGGAUCAAUGAACAUAGUAUUUUUGAACAAGUUUACCUUUUUGAUUAG